GCUGCUCAAAUAGUAUCCUAGCAAAAAAUCUCUGCAUCUAUUAUAACCAUCACUUAAAACCAUUUGCAUAUCGGUGGAAUCGCAAUAUGUCUCGUCCAUAUGGUUCAUCUGCGCAACCUUCGCGAGGGGCAAAACCUCGAGGACGUGGAAGGGGUCGAGGGGCUGGAUUGGCAAGUAGCGAUACAUGGCGCAAAGGAAAUACGCGGCCUAUGGAAUACAUCGCUUCAGUUAGUCGAAGUAGCGGCUUAGAGAAAGAUGGAAAUGCUCUAAAAAACUUCAAAGUACAAGAAGAAUAUAGACAAUUCAUCGAUGAGAAGCUAGGCGCGUUUUGGACCGAGUAUGUCAACGAUAGCGGAAAAGCUAAACAGGAUGUCAAUCGUUCACGACUUCGCAAAAGCAGCGAGGAAAAUAUAUUGAUAUUAUUUCGCAAGCUGAGAGAAGGUAUAUUUUCCUCAAAGCGAACCGAUCGUUUUGCGUUGGAAGCCUACGAGACGUCGUUAUUCUUAUCAGUCAUAUUUGCUUCGCCCAUACAGACGACCGCAGUUAUCUCGCAUCUAGUUCCAGACUUAUACCUCUCUUCCCGUCCCCCGCAUCAACACCGCCAGUCGGUGACAUUAAUCUCUCUCUUGCAUAGUCUUGUUGUUUCCUAUCCAUCACAGCGCCAUUUUAAUCAGUGUCUAGUUCGCCUUGUCCCAAAUUUUCUUGAACGACCCUCUGAUGCACAUACCUGGAUAACCUCACUAGCUCAGAGUCUACGGUCGCUAAACUAUGUCAGGUUCGAGGGAUUAACAAGCUCAUCUGUCUUGUCCCAGUUUCUCGAUCGCCCUCUAAGCAACAAAACAGGACUUACAUCCGAUCCUGUUGGCAGUGGUAUGCCUGAUCUAGCCCUGUUGACACUCGUCGAUCAUCUUCGCAAGAGAGCUCGUGACAAGACAUGGACAAUGAUUCGCAGUUCUUAUCGAGAGCUGUCCUUACACAAGGAAGGGGGCGAAUGGCUGUCCAAAUCCUUAGCACUACCACCGACAUUGCCUAGGGAUACUGAAAUCACUUUAGAGGAGUGGAUGAAGGGCAGGUAUAAAGAUGGUCAUGUAAAACCAAAAGAGGGUGCUGAAGGGAAGUGGAUCGUUUGCAACUUGCAGGUACGGUAGAACACUUCAAACAUGUAUUUUGUAACAUGGUAAUAUU